AUGUCAGCAGUUAAGAAAAUCAAGUUAAGUAAGAUGGUUAAACAAAUUUGUACUCACUCCGGUUCUUUCCAUGCCGAUGAAUCCCUAGCUGUAUAUAUGCUAAGAUUAUUACCAGAAUAUAAAGAUGCCAAAGUGUGUAGAUCCAGAAACCCCGAGGAUUGGGAAGCCAGUGAUAUUGUUGUAGAUGUUGGUGCCAAAUAUGAUGGUGUCAAGUUUUUCGAUCAUCACCAUCGUGAAUUCACCGGUACUUUCUCUGAAAAAUAUCAGACAAAAUUAUCUAGUGCUGGUCUUGUAUUCAAACAUUUUGGUAGAGAUAUUAUCAAUCAAGUACUUGGUGGAAACGCUUCCAAGAAAGAUUUAGAUAUUCUUUAUGAGAAGGUUUACAAGAAUUUCGUCGAGGCAUUGGAUGCUAACGAUAACGGUAUUUCCCAAUAUAAUACUAAGGGUACUGAUAUCAAACCAAGAUUCAACGAAAAGGCCACUACUAUCCCAGGUAUCAUCUCUGGUUUUAACCCACGUUGGAAUGAAGACAGUUCCAACGAAACCUUCGAUAAAAAUUUCCAAAAAGCAUCAAACUUCAUUGGUGAAAUUUUUGUUGAUUUAGUGAAAGGUUAUGGUCUAGGUUGGUUACCAGCCAAGACAUUAGUUAGAAAAGCUGUGGAGUCUCGUAUGGAUGUCGAUGCAUCCGGCAAGAUUUUAUUGUUUGAUCAAUUCUGUCCAUGGAAGGAACAUCUAUACGAGAUUGAAAGAGAAUUAAAAAUCGAGAGCCAAAUCCAAUUCGUUUUGUUUGUGGAUUCUUCCAAUACAUGGAGAAUCUCCACUGUCCCUGUAUCUUCAGGAUCCUUCGAAUUCAGAAAGGGUCUCCCAGAAGAACUAAGGGGUCUAAGAGACGAGACUCUGAGCGAAAAGAGUGGUAUCCCCGGCUGUAUUUUCAUCCAUACAGCCGGUUUCAUUGGUGGUGCCAAGACCAAAGACGCCGUUCUCCAACUAGCCAGAAUGUCUCUAUAA